AUGGCAGCAAUCCCCUCCAUUGCAUGCAUAGGCAUAAUAGGCAAAAACAAUAACCCUCUCCACGUAACCCUCUUUCCGUCCCAUCCAAACAACACCCCCCUUCGCACACCCGUCCAAUUCUCGCUCCUCUUAGCCAGCACUCUCGAUAUCUUUGAAGCGCGCUCGAAAGUAAAUCUGACGUCCGGCGGUGGCCUGUCGGGGGACUAUGGACUCUUGCACGCGGUGGACGAGCGGCUCGCGGCGUACGGCUUUGAAACGAAUACUGGGGUGAAGUUCGUGGUUGUGGUUGAUAUGCGUGGAAGGGGAAUAGGAGAAGGGAUCGGUGGGUAUGUUGGCAAGGGAGGUUUGGGGUUGAGGGAUGGUGUUCCGGGCUAUUCAAGCUAG